GUCCAUGCAGGAAGGGAUAGGAAGUCAGUAACUCAUAAAAUGUGGGAGGCAGCAGAGGGUCUUUUGUUGGUUGUGGAGUAGAAAGAGGAAAUGAGCCGAGACCAGGAGGGGAAGAUAUGGUGACUUGGCCAUCACUGCUGACCCACCAUCAGGAGGAUGUUGUGGUUGGGGGUCGAAAUACCCAAUGAAGGAUGGUAACCACCUGAUGACUUCAACCCCUCCUAGCCAAGGCUGCGUUCACUUAAAGUGAAUGGUAACAUGAUGCACCAAAGGAUGUAUGUGUUAGAGAGGAUUCAUGUUAGCGUUAGCUCGUUGUUAGUGCUAGCUACAGCAGGCUGCAGAAGGGUUGUUUGUGACAGUUGUAAUUCCACUUUCCACCAGUAGGGCCAAGAAGCUGUUUAGUGUUACCUUAAGUGGAAGUUGAGACUUUUCUAGCAUUCUUGUAGCUUCAAUGUUAGCUCUGACUUUUUAAACCCACUUCGACUGUUUUGGCAGCAGCAGUGAAGCAGCUGCAGAUACCCCUCCAAAAAAGGGAAAAUUCAGGCCUAAAAACUUUCCCCUGACCUGUUUCCUCCAGACCAGCGUGCGCUGAGCUACUUUCAACAGCUUCCACAGCAAACACAAAUAUCCUGCUGCCUUUGGGGAGCCCACAGAGAGACAGGACACGUGGAGCUGAAGUGGGUGGAGUGGGGCACAUUUCAGGGGCAUGACUCACCACGGCGUGUGUGUGCAUGUGUGUGUGUGUGUGUGAGGGGUCAUGUGCAUGUGUGUGCCACACAGCGAGUUCACUGUUUAAGAGGCCCGACUUCAGCUGCAGCUGGUGACACAGACGUUUCCAUUCUUCACCUGGAGGACAGAAGCUGUCAGGCCUUUCAUCCAGCAUCCACCAUGGCCCGUCUGGAUCAGGUCAUCACAAGCAUCGUGAACAUUUUUAUUCAAUACGCCGACGACGAGGGCAACAAGGGCCAGCUAAACAAAGAGGAGCUGAAAAAGCUGCUGGAGCAGGAGAUUCAGAGUCCUGAGCUGAAGGAUAAAAUCAGUGCAAAUGACAUAGAGGAAGCCAUGGAAAUGCUGGACAAAAAUCACGACGGCGAGGUGAACUUCCGGGAGUUCUGUAGAUGCGUGAGCGACCUGGCGAAAUGCUACUACCACAAGCAGACGGGCCGAGGUGGCCGGAGAGGCAGGGGCAAAGGGCCGGAGGAGGGGCAGGGAGACUGAAGGAUGAUGAAGAAUAAAAAAACUCUCCUGUUGCACUAAAGUGUGUCUAAAUAAAUCAUCUCUGUGAAGUCUGA